AUGGUUUCGGUUUAUCAAAGCGUGCGGAGUGGACCACCUGCUGAUGGUGGAGCCUCCGAGAUCGGUGUGUGUACAAACGCAACAGCCCCUAGCGUUUCUUCAAUCAACCGAAUAUUACGAAACAGGGCUGCGGAACGGGCUGCAGCAGAAUUCGCGAGAGCUGCUGGUUAUGGACUGUACGCAGCCCCACCACCUUACGGUAGCUUUCCGUGGGGUGGUAGCGGGGGGGUGUGGCCACCGGGCAGUCUACCGCUUCCGCCAGGUGUCCCGGCUCCUGGAGUAGGCGUACCGCACCCAGACGCAAUGAAGCAAGGCUUUCUUUCUUCAUCAGGGAGAGGACUCAUAGACGUAGACGGCGACGACUCUGGAUCUCUAGACGGGGAGCAACCAAAAUUUAGACGAAAUAGAACUACAUUCAGUCCAGAUCAGUUGGAAGAGCUCGAGAAGGAAUUUGAAAAGUCGCAUUACCCUUGCGUAUCGACGAGGGAGCGAUUGGCUUCAAAGACUUCGCUAUCUGAAGCCCGAGUACAGGUUUGGUUUUCCAACAGACGAGCCAAGUGGAGGCGCCACCAGCGCAUGAACCUCCUCAAGCGCGGUGGCGGGUCCCCCUCGCACCGCCUCCCCCACUCACCUUCCCGAUCCCGUUCGCGCUCUUUGUCCCCGACGCGUUUGUACCACGCUCCGCAAAUGGGCGGAGAGAAUAGCGCUUUCAAAGCGCUCGCCCAUCAGGAUACCAACGCCCUGAAGGCUCUAUCACAACACGCUCAGUUCGAAACGAACGCGCUAAAAGCCCUCUCGCAACAGACGUUCGACGCAAGCGCUUUCAAGCCACACCCUGGUCUGGAGACCAGCGCAUUCAAAGCUUUUGUACCAAAUUCAGCGGCUGCAGCGUUACUUGCAGCGCAGUCUAUCCAGCUAGCACGAGGCUACGAGUCGCAUUCAGAUUCUGACGAGGAAAUUAAUGUACACGAAAGCGAAGACGAGGGCGACAAACAAAAGAAUAAAGCUAGAUCCAGAUCGACAAGCCCGUGUCGACAACGACCUACCAAUGACGUACCCUUAGAGUUAACAAAACACGAUCGUUGA